GCAUAAAGCCCUCUCCUCCCCCACCCCCCCUCCCCCUUUUCGCCUUUUCCCCAGUGACUAAUGCAAGGAUGGCGAGGAGACCUAGGCACAGCAUUUACAGCAGUGAUGAUGAGGACGAAGAUGUCGAGGUUUAUGAUCACGAUUACGACGGUCUGCUGCCCAAAGGUGGAAAACGACAUUUAGGCAAAACCCGGUGGACUCGGGAAGAGGAUGAGAAGCUAAAGAAACUUGUGGAGCAGAAUGGCACAGAAGAUUGGAAAGUUAUUGCCAAUUUCCUUCCUAAUCGUACAGAUGUACAGUGCCAGCAUCGAUGGCAAAAGGUGUUAAAUCCAGAACUUAUCAAAGGUCCAUGGACUAAAGAAGAAGAUCAACGGGUGAUAGAGCUCGUGCAGAAGUAUGGCCCCAAGCGCUGGUCUGUCAUUGCUAAGCACUUGAAGGGAAGGAUCGGAAAACAAUGUAGGGAGCGAUGGCACAAUCACUUGAAUCCAGAAGUCAAGAAAACCUCCUGGACGGAAGAAGAAGAUAGAAUUAUUUACCAGGCACACAAGAGGCUGGGAAACAGAUGGGCAGAAAUCGCCAAGUUGCUACCUGGGAGAACUGAUAAUGCUAUCAAGAACCACUGGAAUUCUACAAUGCGUCGAAAGGUUGAACAGGAAGGUUAUCUCCAGGAGUCUUCUAAAAUCAGCCAGUCUUCAGUAGCCACAGCUUACCCAAAAAAUAACCACUUAAUGGGCUUUGCCCACACACCGCCUUCUGUGCAUCUGUCAGCAGACCCCGCCACUCCGGCUACUAGUGACUACUCCUACUAUCAUAUUUCUGAGGCACAAAAUGUCUCUGCUCAGAUGCCGUAUCCAGUAGCACUUCAUGUAAAUAUUGUUAAUGUUCCUCAACCAGCCACGGCAGCUAUUCAGAGACACUAUAAUGAUGAAGAUCCUGAGAAAGAAAAGCGAAUAAAGGAAUUAGAGUUGCUACUUAUGUCGACUGAGAAUGAACUGAAAGGGCAACAGGCAUUACCAACACAGAAUCACACUUCAGAUUACUCAGGAUGGCACAGCACCACCAUCGCAGAUAGUGGCAGAACUAGUGGCAACAGGGCAGCCAUUUCCUCUCUGGGGGAGCAUCAUCACUGCACUCCAUCUCCACCAGUGGACCACGGUUGCUUGCCUGAAGAAAGCGCCUCUCCUUCAAGGUGCAUGAUUGUCCACCAGAGCAGUUUCCUGGAUAAUGUGAAGAACCUCUUAGAAAUUGCAGAAACACUUCAGCUAAUAGAUUCUGAUCCUUCAUCAUGGGGUGAUCUCAGCAGUUUUGAAUUCUCUGAAGAAGCAGACACCUCGCCCAGCCAAGCUCCCUCAGGCAAAACAGAGGCCAGCGCCUGUAGGCCUGAAGAAUGCCCUCUCUCAAACAUGAGCAAAACCCCGUUGAGUCAGGAUUCCCUUGCUUUGCCAAAGUUCUUGCCUGACUCAAAAUGCAGCACAGCUCCGUUGGUCAUUCUGCGCACCAAGAGAGGGCAUCCCAGCCACUUAGCCAGUGACCAUAAUAAGUUCUUCAUGCUUGCUGGUGUCAGCAGCUCAACUCCUAAGCGCUCCCCUGUCAAAAGCCUGCCCUUCUCUCCCUCCCAGUUUUUGAACACCUCGUCCAGCCAAGAAAGUCUGGAUCUUGACAAUCCUACUUUAACUUCCACUCCUCUCUGUACUCAUAAAGUCACUGUCACAACACCGCUUCACAGGGACCAGGCAUUUAAGACACAGAAAGAGAACAAUAUCUUCAGAACUCCAGCUAUCAAAAGAUCAAUCCUGGAGAGCUCGCCAAGAACACCCACCCCAUUUAGAAAUGCACUUGCAGCUCAAGAAUUCAAAUAUGGACCCUUAAAAGUUCUGCCUCCAACGCCAACUCAUCUUGUAGAGGACCUGCAGGAUGUUAUCAAGCAAGAGUCUGAUGAAUCUGGCAUUGUGUCAGGCCUACGUGAAAGUGGAUCUCCUUUGCUGAAGAAAAUCAAACAGGAGGUGGAAUCGCCAACAGGCAAAGCUGGAAACUUCUUUUGCACAAACAGUUGGGAAGGUGAGGGGCUGAACACACAGCUCUUCACGUACACAUCUGUUGUGGACGAUGUGCCGAAUCUACUUACCAGUUCUGGUCUAAAGAUGCCUCUAUCAGAAGAAGAGGAGAACACUCAUAAAUUGUUAACAUUACACCGAAACAAGUCAUCCGGAAGCCCGCUGCAGCAUUUUACCAGCACGUGGGAUUCAGCCUCCUGUGGGAAGACGGAGGAUCAGCUGACCUUCUCUGAUCCAGCCCGCAAAUAUAUGAAUGCAUUCUCAACUCGAACACUGGUUAUGUGAAAGGGGUCCUCCAUCAAGCAUUAUGUUUUCUUUACAAAACACUUCCAGUUGAUUUGGAUUUACUGUUCCUCUACAUGGGAAAAUAGCCUUUUGUCGUUUGUUGUUGUUGUUAUUGUUAUGGUACAACAUUUGGGAGCAGCACCAAGUGCAUAUAGUCACAAAAGCAUAUAUGUAUAUAUUAUUCAUGUUGGAUUUACCCAACUUUAAAAAAAAAAGAAAGAAUUCUCUUUAUUGCUGAUACUUACCUAAAUUAUUAGGUACUGAAUUUUAUGCAAUUAAAUAAUAAUAAUAUGAAUGCUCUUCUUUUUUUAAAAAAAACACACUGAUUUUUUAAAUAUGAUUUCAAGUGAACUUUUUUGGGAGAUCAAGUGCAACAGUAUUAAUUCAGUGAGGAGUGGCUACAGAAGUUUCCAUGCCAGUGAAGAUGCUUUUCAGGGUUGUUGAAGUUUUCUCGUUUCUCUUUUUAAGAGCUGGCACCUGAUCAGUAGCUUAUUCUGAAUCAUUGAACCAAACAUCUUGGGAGAAAAUACUGCAAGAAAGCAUUACUGCAAAUGCUAAUCUAAAGGUAUAGGCUAGAGGCAUAUCAUGAGACAGUGAAUGCUGACACGGCCGUGCCGUUUGAAGUACUGUCCCACACAUUAGAGUGCUAGACUGUUGGUGUGUGUGUGUGUUUUGUCCUUGUCUCACUUAGCUUGCUUUUUAAAAUUAUUACUGUAUGAAAAAUAGUUUUGAGAACAAAUUAUAUUUUUUAUUCUAUAAUUUAAUUUUGUAAUGCCAAAUGGAUACUGUGGAUGUUGUGUUCCAUUUUGUUCUGUUUUGUUCUCGCUGCUACAGAUGUACAGCAUGCAGAUGAGCUACUAAAGAGCCACAGAGGUUUAUGAAAGAAAAAAGAAACUGGGGACUAGCUAUGCACUAGGAUUUCUGACUUUUGAAAAAGUACUCCUUUUAUCUUUUCAUUCCCUGUUGCCCUUCCCCCACCUUUUUUUUCUUUUCUUUUUUCCCCCCAUAUUUUUUUAAAAAAAUAAGCAACACUUAGAAACACUUCUUGGGAGAUUUUACGUGCCUAUAUAUGUAUACAUUCUCACAGGUUUGCAACAAGAAAGAAUGCAGACUUCACACAUUUGGGAGAAGGCGGUCUUGCUUAUGUAUUCAAUUUUUGUCUCAUGUUUAAAUCUAAAUAUGCCCUACCUUGGAUUCCACAGAAGCCAAAGUAGAGACAGAGUUCCUUUUUUAAAAAAGAGGAUGGUCUUCUAGACGCCUGUGUCUAAGCUUUGCCCAAUACUAAAAGAAGGCUGCUUUUUUUCUUUCUUAUUACAGAUUCUGACUUUGCUGCCUUAAUAGGAUUAGGUACAGCCUUGUCUGCACUUAACUUUUUAUGAUACACUGUACUGCCUUGUAGAUAAAUAAAGCGUGUCAUUUUGUAAAA